CUGUCCUGAUCUCUUCUAGCUGGUGGGGCUGCUGCUGAUUGGCGUGGCCGCCUGGGGCAAGGGCUUUGACAUUGUCUCCAGCAUUCGCAUCAUCGGCGGCGUCCUCGCUGUGGGCAUCUUCCUGCUGCUUAUUGCUGUCGUGGGCCUGGUCGGUGCCGUCCACCACCACCAGGUCCUGCUCUUCUUUUACAUGAUCAUCCUGGGCCUCGUCUUCAUCUUCCAGUUUGGCAUCUCCUGCUCGUGCCUGGCGCUGAACCGGAGCCGGCAGGAGAGCCUCUUCAACACCACUUGGCACCUGCUGAGCAACCAGACACGGCAGAGCGUGGAGGAAAGCUUGGACUGCUGCGGGCUCUUCAACGACACCAGGGACCCGGACACCCUCUGCACUUUCCAGACUGAUCUCAGCCUCUGCCACGCAAAAUGUGUCGGCUCUCGGGAGCAGGGUGUUGUCUGCCUCACCUGUGGGGAGAAGAUGCUCAAACACUCGGACGAGGCCCUCAAGAUCUUGGGGGGUGUUGGGCUCUUCUUCAGCUUCACGGAGAUCCUGGGUGUGUGGCUUGCCAUGCGGUACCGCAACCAGAAGGACCCCCGAGCCAACCCCAGCGCCUUCUUGUAGGCCGAUCUUGCCCCCUGCGUGCCCCCCUGCCCCUCGCCAUAGCUGCUAGGAAGGGGCGCCCGGCUCUGCCCAUCGUGUGGGGCCUCUGCCAGGGUCCCAAGCUGCCGAGUGCGGCCCCGGCUGCGGUAUGAAGCCUUCGGUAACUGGCAGAGAUGUCCCAGGCUUGAAGUGGGGGCUAGGGGGUCUGAGUGGAGAUGGGGUCUUGUUGUCAGUGAGCUAGGCAAGUGGCGUCACUGGCAGCCAAGCGUCAUCUCAAGCCUGGGACUGGGCCCUGCCCGAGUCCAUGACCUCUGACCCUUGGCUUUUGCCCCCAUCACCCUGCCCACCAGCUCCAGCCUGGCAAGGGGCUGCACUGGCUGAGCCUGGUGCAGGGGACUAGGACACCCCCUUCCUUCUCUCCCCAGCCCUGCCAUCUCCUGGUCCCCCGCCCUGCCCCUUGGCACCUGUUUCUGGGCAGAGCAGACAAAGCCUUAGGUUUGGCCCAAAUGGGCAGGUGGCAUCCCCCCACCCCCUGUCCAAGUCUCCCAGCAGCCAGCUCUACCCAUCUCGGGGGCUGAGGAGCUGCAGAACAUGGUAUGGAUGUGCUCAAGUCCCAGCAGGUGUCCCCUUUUCCCCCCCUGAAGUACUGAUGGGGGGGGAAAGGGGGGUACUCCCUGCUCCUUCCUCUGUCUGGUGGGAUGUAGGCAGUGCUUAGCCCAGGGAGAUGCCCGCUGUUCCCCCGUGGUGUCAUGCGGCCUUAGAAGCCAUGUCCUGAGCUGCCACAGGGUAGCAGGGAACUUAUGCUGUGGCCUGGGGGGGGGAAGGUGCUGGGCUCUAAGCUUGACCCAACUGCUAACACUGGGCAUGGCCCUAAGCCAGGCAGGAGCAGGGGGAGCCUGCCUCCCAGCUUGCAGGUUCCUGGCAUGAAAUGGGGACCUGGACCUGACCCCCACCCCCACCCCUGGACACUCAGGGCACCAGAGCAGGCUGGGGAGGUGUGGUGGGGUUGGGGGGGCUCCGCACUGUGUGUCUAUCAACACUGCUGUAGAUUGGGUACCUUGUCACGGCCCCUUGGAAAUAAACACCUGAUUGCCAA